AUGGCCACAUUCACUGGAUAUUUCAUUGGCGCGUUUAAUGCUAGCGUUGUGUUCUUGCCUGCACUUCUCUCUGGUCGAAGCGUUUACACUAGCGGUAUUAAGGCCAUUCGUUACGUCUCUCUUGGCUUGGGUGCCGGAGCUCUGCAUGCAACUGCCAGUUAUGCUACCGCAAAAGCUCUAAAUGCUGAUCACAGUGUUUUCGCACAUGCAGUGGGUGGAGCUGCUGCGGGGUAUCUUGUUCGCUUUAAGGCUCCUCUUGCACCUCGUAUGAAUAUGAUACUUCUUUUUGCCCUUUCCUCUCUUCUGAUUAAGCAAAUCGAACUUAUCCGGCCAGAAUUCGCUGAUAAGAAUAUCGGACAUUGCAUCGGGCCCGUUCCGAAUGCUUACAUUUCCCUAAACCAUAGAUAUAUGAAUAAGAAUUGGCGUAAGGAAGAGGAAGACCUGGAGAAAUUUGUGUAG